CUGACGUGGCAUGAGGGGCGGAAAUGCUUGUUUGAGUGAGUGUGUUUUGGUACUAAAAAGGGGGAAGUUGCGAGAAAAAGAAAGGAGGAGACAAGAGCAGGGCCGAUGAAAUUAAUUACUUGUGUAUCGUAAACAUUUCCAUCAAGAGCCUUUCAGUCGAAACCAGUGGGCACAGUUUUGCCCAGCCGCCAGUUCUGGGAGUGAACCAUUAAACACUUCUGAGUACAGAGCAGGAGAGUGGGGUUCAGGUCAUGGCAAGUCGGGGUGGAGCUACAAGACCCAACGGACCAAAUGCCGGCAACAAAAUUUGCCAGUUCAAGCUGGUGCUCCUAGGGGAGUCUGCAGUGGGGAAGUCUAGCCUUGUUCUGCGCUUUGUGAAGGGCCAGUUCCAUGAGUUCCAGGAGAGCACAAUAGGAGCUGCCUUCCUCACUCAGACAGUGUGUCUGGAUGACACGACAGUGAAGUUUGAGAUCUGGGACACGGCAGGACAGGAGCGCUACCACAGCCUAGCACCCAUGUACUACAGAGGUGCGCAGGCCGCUAUUGUGGUGUAUGACAUCACAAAUGAAGAGUCAUUUGAACGAGCAAAAAACUGGGUAAAAGAACUUCAGAGACAAGCUAGCCCUAAUAUUGUAAUAGCUUUGGCUGGGAACAAGGCUGAUCUUGCUAACAAGAGAGCAGUUGACUUCCAGGAUGCACAGUCAUACGCAGAUGACAACAGCUUGCUGUUUAUGGAAACAUCGGCGAAAACUUCAAUGAAUGUCAACGAAAUAUUCAUGGAAAUUGCAAAGAGAUUGCCCAAGAAUGAGCCUCAAGCAGCAGGAGCAAACAGCGGACGGAACAGGGGCGUGGACCUCACUGAAACAGCCCAGCCUACUAAGGGCCCCUGCUGUAGUAACUAACCCACCCCCAAAAUGUGCACCUCACUUCCUAACUCUGGAUAAUAUCUGGACAGGGGGCUCUCCCUCUCAACCUCACCCCCUGGUAUAGCUAAAGACUCUGUAUAGCUGCAUUUCUAAUACAACUUCUUCUUUUUUUGUAUUUUACUUUAAUAUUUUUAUGUACUUCAGAAUUAUGGAUGCAUGUAUCACUACAAGGCCUAAACCAUAAAGUUUUAACUUUAUUCAGCGAUAAAAAAAAACUAACAAAAAGUGAGUGUGAAAGAAAAGUCUUUAAAAAAAUACUGAGGAGGAUUGUUGCGCUGAAGAAAGGUUGACCUCCUAUCCCCUCUGUUCGCUGAGCUGUGAGUGAGGGAGUGAGAAAGGUAGAAAUUAAGUAUGGACUGGAGUCUGAAGUUGUUUUAAAUGUAUUCAUUGCUUUCCAACAAAAUCUGUAAUCGCACUAGAGCCAAGUUUUCACACUCACUUAGGUCCCAUGGCUACAUUGUUCUAGCUCUUCUUACAGCGUUGUGCAAUGGUUUACAGUAUUGAUGCAGUUGCUACUGUGCAAGGACCCUCAUUCACAGAAAACAUUCCUCUUCUUAGUGCCUGCCUAGGCUUUAUCAGCAGCACAGUUUGGUGGUCUGCAGGCCUUAGAACGGCAUGAUCACUCUCUUGGGAUUUUCACUAGUAAAACUCGUGGUCCUUUGUGGUGGAGACAGUGAGUGGAAAAUUCACUUGUCUGUCUGUUUGAGUCAUCGGUAAGGAAAGUCCCAUUGCAGCCUGCAAGGCUUCCUCCUUGGGUAGAGCUGAUAGAUUGUUUAGGUGCCUGGCAUUGUAUUUUAUUGAAAAAAAGGUUUGUUCAAAGCACUCCAAUGCAUCCAAACCCUCCAUAUUUAGAAAAUCAACAGGUCUUUGAUUCACAUGCCUUGCACUAACAACUUAUGAAUUUUCCCUGUCUGCUGCCUGUGUGAUAUAAACAAUAUACUGUAAAUAGGGUGUUGCAAUGUAGUCUACUUUUUUCAAUAUAUGGCUUGGAGGACUAAUGCUUGGUAGGGGGUUGCCUAAGGAUAAUCAUAUAGUCUGUACAGUAACCGGGGCAGCUCUACUAUGGGUUUGAGUUUUUCACAGUAUGGAUAAAUUAUUAUCAAUGGUGGUCUUUAUAAAUGUAUGUAGUGUUAUUAACAGAUGAACUUGCAUUUUCUUAGUGGUCUGUCUUGUAUUUUUCUCAAAAUUGUCUUUAUAAUUUUGAUAUUUCUUUUGCGUUGCACUAAUUUUAGUGAUAAGACAACAACCCAUUCAGUAUAUUAAACAUAGUAUCAAAAUAUGUUACAUUGGAUUUGUAGGCCUACUGAUAAUACAAGACAGGUAGCUGAACAGAGUAACUAACCGGCAGUCUCUCUUUAACAACCAAAUGGGUGUUCAUGAUGUAUCUACUAUAAUAGUGAAAGGCUGGUCAGUUUUAAUGUUCAGGUACGAGUUCAUGAAUAAAUAAUUAAACAGGAAAAUAUUGUAUACUUUCUUG